UACACGUCUUCUCAUCGUAGUGUGAAGAUGCUGCACAGAGCCCCGGGACUACUGUCUGUGAUGGCGGCCGUCCUUCUCCUGGCUUCAGCCGAUCAGAUGCCAGUUCAGGUCAUCGGUCUGGUGAACCGCUCAGUAGAACUGUCCAUCCAACUGCACCUCCCACUUCCUGUGGAAGAAAUCGUAUGGAAAUUUACAACUGACAGCAGAACUGUUAAAGUGGUAGAAGUUGGAAAUAUGUCAAUUUCGAUGUACAGUAACCAAUUCAAGAACCGUCUUAGAACUUUAAGUCAUGGAAGGACCAUCAUCCUCAAAGAUCUCACCCUGAGGGAUGCUGGGAAAUACUGCGCCGAGAUCAUACUCAUCAGCAAACAGAUACGCAGGUCGGCGUUUAUCCUCACUGUGUACGAACCUGUCCCGUCUCCGACCAUAUGGUCUAAAUUGAAUAAAAACACCAGAGAGCAAUGCAAUUUUACCCUCCAUUGUUCUGUCCCAUCGGUCACAUCAGAUUUUUUCUAUACUUGGAAAAACAGUAGGAGGAACUCUGAGUAUCAGCGUAUAGAUAAUAAUGGAAGCACCAUCGAGAUAUCGCUACUACCGGACCACCUGGACAUGGAAAUCAUGUGUAUAGUCCAGAACCCCGCAGACCAGAAGAAUGUUUCUGUCCAAUUAGAACCGUUCUGUGCGGUACCUAAUAAUGCAGGAACUAACAGGACACAUGGGAGAGGAUGUUAUUUGUCUCUGAGGUCCAGCCUGACAGGCGCUUUCCUAAGCAUAUCCCUGUUCUUCAUAUGCCUAGCCCAUUGUUAUCGCUAAUACGCAGAAACAUCACUUCCAUGAUCAGAAAAUGGAGAUAGAAUAUGUUGACCUUCAAAAUUCUGAACCUUGGACCAUCGAUCUCCAGAAUUGCUGUGUAAACCACAGCUUUUGGGGCUUUCUCCUUCUCUGCCCAUUCCUAUGAAAAUGUUCUCUCUAUGCCCACGAAAAGCUGUGCUAUAGGCUCUUAGCCAAUGACACGUCUCUAACUUGCAGCUCCUCCUCCCCUCUCACAGCAUUCAGUCACUGAGGGAGAGAUUCUGCAGCUGCAGCUCCCUCCUUCCAUUCCUUCCUUAUGUUUCUGGGGGUUUCUGAACAUUUAUAGAGAUUCUACAGGUAGGGAAAGGGGGACUAUUGGCAAUUAAAGGAAGAAGAAUUAUAAUGAAUGGGCUUGGACGUUCAUAUGUCCAAUUAAAGUGAACCCCUAACUUUGGAAUCAGUUUAAUUUUAGAAUUUUGGAAAAAUUCUGAAAAAGCUAGUCUCUAAUAGAGAAUUCUUAUCAGAAUCCAGCCAUCGACCUACAGGCAUGUUCCAAUAAUAACCAGCACUUGCACCUUAGGCUGUCUAAUGAGAACGAUGGCUCUUCUUCAGUUUAUGUAAAGGUACGCCUUCUAAAAUAUAAAAUGCCCAAAAAAACAGCCUGGAAAUGUCCUAGUAUGCAGAUUUCCCCAUUUCAUAUGCCUUUUGAGGACUUGCUUGAAGGACAGUGGUCAAAAAAUGGGAAUGUUGGUAGAGCUGAGUGAGGUCAUUUAUGAUAAUUACAUAAUAAUAUGGACCUUUGUUAGAUGGUGCCAGUUCUGAAGUACAUUACACUAAGCUGGAUCUGGGUGCAUGUAGAUUGGAAUACCCUGUACACUGUAUGUGUUUGUCAUGUGGUUGGUACAUGUAUCCCCUAUGUACAGUCAUGUGAAAAAAUUAGGACACCCUUUGAAAGCAUGUGGUU